AUGAAUUCUGUUAGUCGUAUAACUUACCCUGAUUAUGAUGUAAUUAAGAUAACUCCUAUAGAGAAGAAGUGUGAGUUACAUGAAGAGUUUUGCGCAAUGCUUGAUAAGAAUGAAGGUGAUAUAAUUAAAUUUUUGCAAACUCUAAACUGUGAAGGUUACUCCUAUUAUGAUCCGACUAAACGUAAGAAGAUCGUAAAUCAAUAUAUAAACCUUCAGAUAUAUUUGAAUAGAAGUACAUAUUCAAAAGUUGAAGUCUGGUGCUCAAUCAGUCAAUGUGAAAUAGCCAAAAAUAUAUUUGCACGAUUUCCCACAAACCUCAUGAGUAAUGAUAUAUUUAAUAGUAAAUUAGAUGGGUUGUAUAGUAAGAGACACUUUUAUGCAGUGAAAUCAUAUUGCAAGGCUUAUUUAGCACGUCGUAAUAUUGUCUUUCAGUCUUGUGGAGUAAUCAAAACUCAAUUACAUUGUGCUUUAAAUGAGAUUAGGAUACUUCAAAAUAUAUCAAAAUAUGAUCCAACAAACUCAUAUAUUAUAAAACUUCAUGAAGUUUUAGAUUCAUACCCUCAAUCAAAAGUACAUGGAAAACUUUAUUUGGUUUUAGAUUUUUGUCCUUUAGGUUCUUCUAUGCGUCUAACAAUUCCACCAAGAAAUCAUCCAUGGAAUAGCUUUGAUUGUAUUGACACAAUAACUCCAAGAAAUUCAACUCAUAUGUUAUUAUCUUCUUAUAAUGAUGAAGAAACUGAAGAUUCAAAACUAGUAUAUGUUUCACCACUACGCUCAGGACUAAGUGAAAAUGUAGUUAAAAAAUUUACUAUGUGUGCUGCAAUUGCUAUAGUUAAAUUACAUGAAUUAGAUAUUGUUCAUCGUGAUAUUAAGCCUGACAACUUUUUGAUUACAAGUGAUGGUAAUGUUGUGCUGGCAGACUUUAAUUCUGCAGAAGAUAUAUCGAAAACAAAUGGCUUAAUUUUACAAACAAGUGGUACAUAUGCUUUUUUCCCUCCAGAAUGUUGUGAUAUUAAUAACAAAAGAUUUCAAUUUGAUGAAAUACAAGGUAAACCAACAGAUAUGUGGGCUUUAGGAGUAACAAUAUGGUGCUGGUUAUAUGGCACAUUACCAUUUCAAGGUUCAAGUAUCCUCGAAUUAUUUGAUGAAAUCGUAAAAUGUCAAUAUACCUUUCCAGAUUAUCCUAAACUAUCAUCCCAGGGUUAUUCUACAAUUAACCAUUUAUUAGAUCCUGAUCCAAAAACAAGAUGGACUGCAAAACAAUUAUUACAAUCAGACUGGUUAAAUGGGUCUAAAUAUUGUCAAUAG